CCCCGCGCCGUCCGCCACGGGCAUCCCGGGGCGAGAGCUGCGGGUGCGAAUUGGGCAGCCACCCGCGGGGCUGGCCUGGUCGACCUGGCCCUGGGUUUGCAGCUGUCCCGGAGGGUAGUUUGUGGGCCGUUUGUGCCACUGUUGGUUCUGAACUGCUGGGAGUGGAGGUGGCCGCGCCAGAUGUUGGAGUGACAGCAUGGAUUCCUCCAGCCAGCUGUUCCUUGCAGAUAAUGCGGAGAACUUGAAUGGCAGCUGCCUGGGGAGCGUUGCCCUGGACCGCUUGGUCCGGGUUGUCGUUGGUGCUUUGCCCUUCGGCUUGUCUUUUUUUUUUUUUUUUUUUUUUUUUUGGAAUCAAGCGCUGCAUGCUUAAGGCCACGUAGACCUUGAGAACUGCUGUGGCCGCUUUCCAGUUUGUGCAGCACCAGCCCAAAGGAGUGGGAGGUCGCAGGGGCAGCAAAACUUGGGGGGUGGGGGUCAGGGGGGCCCAGACCGCUAAGCUUUCUGGGGACCGCUUGCAGACUCUCAGCAGCGUCAGAGAAGUAUGUAUGUAGCAGCGGGUCUUCGGCUUGCCUUUGGGGGGAGGGCGUGGGGGAGCUCCAGUUUAAAGCAUCUGCAGGCCCCUACCCCCGAGUCAGACUGCCUUUGUCAGCCGGGGUCGUCCCACAUCCUGCCACCUGGCCUUUCAGGAAAGCCGUAGUAUUAAGUAAGGAAGGAGCUCAGCUCUUGUUGAGACCGCUUUGUUUUCAGUUCUCCCUGCCUCUGAUCUUCUUUCCUUGGAAAGCUGCUCUGGUCAAGUGUCUCAGGGCCACCUUUUGGGAGAAUCACUGUUUAAGAGUUCUCUGGACUACAGCCCCACUCUUCCAGAUGGUUAAGCAGCCAGUUACUGCUUCAUUCUCCGUGUCUAAGGUGUAUCUUACUUUUUUUUUUUCCAAUUCUUAAUACAAUUUUUGAAUGAGGGGGGUACUUUCCAAAACUUCGAUGGGGUGAUUUGGAUGAAAAAAGUCAGUGAAGGUAACAGAAGGGUGCAAGAAAUGUUAAGGGCAGUAUUGUUUAUCUUUGCCUAUAAGGACAUUACAAUCAUAGCUCAGAAAUUCUUUAUCAUGGGUCAGAUUAUUCUUUAAUUAUAAGUACGGAGAAGGCCAAGUUCUGGGCACUUGGGCAGUGAGUUUUGAUUUCUUUUAAGGAGGCAAUUCUGCAGGCCAUUCGAGGUUGAACCAAUGAAUGAGAUGACACUGGGCUAUGAAAUAUUGACGUUUGCAUGUCUGGCCUAUGAUUGCAGCUCUUACUAUUUGAGAGCUUUGCUGAAUGAUCCUAGGUGCGGAAAAUAAUAGGAGAGUCUGAGAAGCAAAAAGAGGCAACACCUUGUUUCAGACCUUGCUCUUGCCUGUCUGUUCCCAUGUGGGAGCAGCAGGCACUGCAACCACAGGUGUGGUGUUGUGAGCUGAGCAAGGGGGCAGGUGUUGGAAGACUUGGCUUCCAGGCAGAGCCCUGCCCCUGCAUGACAUGGGACCUACCUGAGCAGGACCAGUACUUGCGUUGCUGUAGCAAGAGACCUAGAUGGUCAUGAGAUUUCAAGCCCAGGAAGAAGGGCGUCUUUGAUCUUUAGCCUCAGCAUCAAGCCUGGGUCUUGAUGGUCAGGCAGUGGUCAUAUGUGGUCAGGUGGUGCUUGGUGAGUGAUGGAUGGACAUGUGAAUGACAUCGUGAAAGCAACUUUUGCCAUGCCACAGAGGGGAAGUGUGUGUGAUGUUUUUGUCCCUUCUCUGUGUCUGUGGUCCUGCCAUGAUUUUGUUUAAUUCCACCUGCAGAGAAUGUCUGACAUCAAAGGAGAGAUUGCCAUUUGACCCUGAGAAUGACUUUUUCCGGGCUUCAACAGCUGUCAGAUUAGGAAUCCCGAUCUAAAUCUACCACCAGAAAACUCCUCAGAGGCAACCAUGGGGUCAUCCAAGCCACCUCUCCCCUUUGAGUGGCCCAUGCUCACUUAGACCAUUUUAUCAAGGGUGCCUCCACCCACCCAGCACUGGCUCUCCUAUAAUCUAGGUUUUUUGCCUCCCUCUUAGGUUAGUUUAACUUCUAUCUCAACUAGAGGCUUGCCCUGGCCAAUGGUAUGAUGCAGGAGUGGGAUUUGGGGGUUUGGGGGAUGCAAACUGCUAUAUUUGGAAUGGGUGGGCAGUGGGGUCCUACUGUACAGCACAGGGAAGUGUGUGUAAUUGGGUCACUUUGCUCUGCAACACAACUUGAUGAAAUGUUGUAAAUCAAGUCUACUUUAAUAAUAAUGAAGGAAAAAAAAAAAAAGCAACUGCAGGGAAACUUCCUAGGGCCUCUGUAGAUAUUCUGAAACUGUCUUUGUCUUUCUCUUGGAAAUCAGGAUGGAUGACAGGGCACCCUACUAAGGGUCAGUGACUGCAAGCUGGUGCUCCGCACUGCUCUGUGCUCUAGAGAUCCCGCCUUAUGUCAGUUCGCAUCAUUCCACAUGGUUGCCUUGGGUUGGAAAUGCUGGUUUUUGCCCUCCUUCUCUUUCAUUUGUCCCGAGUGGCCCCUCUGUCUGAAACGUCUUUCUUGGUCUGCUUUCAGACUUUUAUUUCUUUCCACCAGUGUAUUGUGCUUGACAAUAUCAGGUGCAGACAGGGUGGAAAAUGCAUCUGAGGGUUGGUACCUGGAGGACGAUAAUAAAAUUUGGUUGGCAGUUGAGUUGAUGUAAUUGAGCUCCACUAUCUGCUCUUGGCAGUGUGGAAUUUAUCAUUCUAUUAUUGCCAUAUUGUUAUUAUUAAUUUCUUAUUCUGAUGUUGUAAAGUUCAAUGGAGGGGUUCUGAAAGAUGGCUGAUGGCUCGUAAAAUUGCAAAGCAUCUUGCUGGAAAUAGGCUUUUUUGUUGGUUGUAAAACAUUCAGUUUAAUGCUUUGUAUGUUAUAGUACAUUUUAUAAGUAAGCACUUUAUAAGUAUUUCUCUUUGGGACUGAAGAGGAAAUUCUAAUCAGCAGCCUAGGUGGCAGCAUAAAAUUGCAGGACUUUUUACAAAAUAUUUACUGCCUUUUGCAGUGGGGAGGUGGGGAUGCGCUUAAAAGAGGCAAAGCAAGACUUUGCCUAAGAGCAGGGUUGCUUGGUGGUGCUCUUAGGAGAGAAAACAGGCUCGUCAGGACUCCGUUGUGCCUGUAACUGCAUUCAGGGCUCCUAAAAUCCAGUGGCUGCCCCAGAGCAGCAUCGAAGUGAGAUGGGAGCUUGGGUUGGUCACUAGACACAGUACCUGUUGCUGACAGACAGGCUUGGCUCCCUGACAGACGUUACUGAAAACACGGGUUAUUCCCCUCCUCCUCAGUACCCACUCCCCGCCUUCCUUCUCUUGUUUAGACUAAUCUUUAAAAGUGAUGUAACUUACAACAGUCCAGUGUGAGUUAAUCUGUGGGGCCAGCUAGUAUCCUGGGAGCAGAGGUGACUAAGAUCUUUUGCCUCUUGAUUAGGGCCUUGUAGAGCACCAUGGCUGAGCAACUCCUUCCCCUGGCUUUGUAUUUGAGCAACAUGCGGAAGGCUGUGAAGAUAAGAGAGAGAACUCCAGAAGAUAUUUUCAAACCUACCAAUGGAAUCAUUCACCAUUUUAAAUCCAUGCACCGAUACACUCUGGAAAUGUUCAGAACCUGCCAGUUUUGUCCGCAAUUUCGGGAGAUCAUCCACAAAGCUCUCAUCGACAGGAACAUCCAGGCCUCCCUGGAAAGCCAGAAGAAGCUCAACUGGUGUCGAGAAGUGAGGAAGCUUGUGGCACUGAAAACGAAUGGGGACGGGAACUGCCUCAUGCAUGCUGCUUCCCAGUACAUGUGGGGUGUUCAGGACACAGACUUGGUGCUGAGGAAGGCGCUCUUCAGCACCCUCAAGGAGACGGACACACGCAACUUCAAAUUUCGCUGGCAGCUGGAGUCCCUUAAAUCUCAGGAAUUCGUGGAAACGGGGCUUUGCUAUGACACCCGGAAUUGGACUGAGGAAUGGGACAACCUUAUCAAAAUGGCAUCCACGGACACACCAGUGGCCCGAAGUGGACUUCAGUAUAAUUCACUGGAAGAAAUACACAUAUUCGUCCUUUGCAACAUCCUCAGGAGGCCAAUCAUCGUCAUUUCAGACAAGAUGCUGAGAAGUUUGGAAUCGGGUUCUAAUUUCGCUCCUCUGAAGGUGGGCGGAAUUUACUUGCCUCUGCAUUGGCCCGCCCAGGAAUGCUACAGAUACCCUAUCGUUCUCGGCUACGACAGCCAACACUUUGUCCCCCUGGUGACCCUGAAGGACAGUGGGCCAGAAAUCCGAGCUAUUCCACUUGUUAACAGAGAGCGAGGAAGAUUCGAAGACUUAAAAGUUCACUUCUUGACAGAUCCCGAAAAUGAGAUGAAGGAAAAGCUCCUGAAAGAGUACUUGACGGUGAUAGAAAUCCCCGUUCAAGGCUGGGACCAUGGCACCACCCAUCUAAUUAAUGCUGCAAAGUUGGAUGAAGCUAACUUACCCAAAGAAAUAAACCUGGUAGACGAUUACUUCGAACUUGUCCAGCAUGAGUACAAGAAGUGGCAGGAAAACAAUGAGCAGGGGCGGAGAGCCACGCACCCUCAGAACCCUCUGGAGCCUUCCGUGCCCCAGCUUUCUCUCAUGGACAUCAAGUGCGAGACGCCCAACUGCCCUUUCUUCAUGUCGGUGAACACCCAGCCCUUGUGCCACGAGUGCUCAGAGAGACGGCAGAAGAACCAAAGCAAACCCCCAAAGCCCACCUCCAAGCCGGACCCCGAGGCGCUGCCCGGCCUGGCGCUUGGAGCCUCCCGCGGGGAGGCCUGGAACCCCGAGGAGCCCUCUGGGGGCCCCCGCUCAGCCCCUCCGACGGCUCCCAGCCUCUUCCUGUUCAGCGAGACUACGGCCAUGAAGUGCAGGAGCCCCGGCUGCCCCUUCACGCUCAACGUGCAGCACAACGGCUUCUGCGAGCGAUGCCACAACGCCCGGCAGCUCAACCCCGGCCACCCCCCGGACCCCACGCGCCAUCUCGACCCCAGCAAGUGCCAAGCCUGCCUCCAGAACGUCACCAGGACGUUUAACGGGAUCUGCAGCACUUGCUUUAAAAGGACUACGGCUGAGCCCGCCUCCAGCCUCGGCUCCAGCAUCCCCCUAUCCUGCCACCAGCGCUCCAAGUCCGACCCCUCGCAACUGGCCCAGAGCGUCUCCCCACACCCCUGCCGCAGAGCCGGGCCUGAGGCUCCCUCUGGCUGCUCCGCCUCGGCCGCACGGACUCCGGGGGACAGGACGGGGACGAGCAAGUGCAGAAAAGCCGGCUGCAUGUACUUUGGGACUCCGGAAAACAAAGGCUUUUGCACGCUGUGUUUCAUUGAGUACAGAGAAAAUAAACAUUUCGUCACUGCCUCGGGGAAAGCCAGUCCCACGGCCUCCAGGUUCCAGAAUGCCGUCCCCUGCCUGGGCAGGGAAUGUGGCGCCCUCGGAAGCACGGUGUUUGAAGGAUACUGUCAGAAGUGUUUCAUUGAGGCUCAGAAUCAGAGAUUUCAUGAAGCAAAAAGGACUGAAGAGCAGCUGAGGCUGAGCCAGCGCAGAGACUUGUCGCGAGCCACCCAGAGCGCUUCCAGGUCCAAGUGCGCCCGGGCCACCUGCAGGAACGUGCUGGCCUGCUGCAGCCAGGAGCUGUGCAUAGAGUGCCAGCCCCUUGGCCAACGAGUGAGCCCUGGCGCCCGGCGGCCAGAGCCCGUCCCAGAGGAUCCCCCGACGCAGCGCUGCCGGGCCCCCGCCUGCGACCAUUUCGGCAAUGCCAAGUGUAACGGCUACUGCAAUGAGUGCUUUCAAUUCAAGCAGAUGUAUGGCUAGCCCAAGACAGGGCGGCAGCCCGGCCCAGGGAGACCUGGAACUUUAGCCAGCGUGGUGCUCUGCUGUCAAGACCCCCAUGCCACCGGAGGGUCCGUCCUUGCACGAUUAGCUCAGGGUUCGUCUGAGCAAGGGAGGAAAGUAGCUCUCGGUCACAGCCUGGAAUGGGAGCGGCACGUAUGGCUGGCAGCAGAUGGCCUGGGAUUCAGCCUGGGGCUGCUCCUCCUCUCCUUCCAAGCAGGAGGCCAGGGACCUCGUGGACUCAGUAUGCAGGCCAGGACUGCUGCUGCGUCUUUCAAGAAAAAGGAGAAGACACAGGGUCAGGAGGGCCAGGAAACCUGGAGCCAUUCCCUCUGCCCUCCAGCCGCAUUUGUCACUCAAGGAGACCCAUUGUCUCACUCAAGGAGAUGAAGAGCUGAAGCCUCAGGGCCAGUGGGCCCUCCCCGCCAGGAGCGCAGGAAGCUUGGGGAAAGUGGACAGAUCCAGAGUGUCAGUCAUUUGGGGUAUUUCCCUGCCUGCCUCAUUCCUUUCCCACAGACAGGGCAGAAGCAGAACCAUCCACGGACUGUGAUUCUGAGGCUGCUGAAACUGAACAAGUUAACAAUGAAAAGCAAAUCAGCUGCUCUUUACAAUAUGCACCUUUUAAAACUCAGACCGUCUUAGUGGGCAGAUGUGUAACUCUUGGUUAUCACUGUCUUUACUUCUAAAGGUUACAUUGAACUGAGGUGUGCAUAAACACAGUACACAUAUAAUGUCCCCUUAUGUAUAAGGGAAUAGUUGGCUUUUUUUUUUUUUUUUUUUUUUUAACUGGAGUGAAAUGCUGCCCUAGGAGUUGUAAGAAGACUGAAUAAUAAUAACCUGUUUUCUGGUUGUUGUCGGGGCAGGCACCAUCCAUAACAGCAGCACUCUAUUCAAUCUAUGUAAAUCACUUUAUUUAUUUUAUUGCAAACUUUAAAGUUAUUUAAGUGAAGAUGUUCCUUUUGAUCUAAGGAAGAUGCUGAACUGUCUUCCUGCUUGCUUUCAAUCACGUGAUCGACUGGGGCAAGUUCCCGACCGCAGUGGAGGUGUCGGCCUCGUCCAUGCUCUUUGGUUGCCUUCCUUAGGAAAGACGGAAUUGCAUCGACAGUAAGUUCAUGAAAAUCUCACGCUUCUUCGUGAAACUCUGGCCAGAGCCACUUCCCAGCCCUCUGAUAAGAAACUGUUCUCCAGCAGCGUAUAGAUGCUUCUGCGUAUCCUACCUCCUUAGAGAGGCGAUUGGGAAGGAGCGGGGGUGAGAUUGGAGAUCACAGUGAGAGAUGCUGCCUUUGAUGCUGGUCUUAUUUGCUGUAUUAAUGCUGUGUCCUGGGGUGCGGGGCACCUUAGCAUUGGGACAGCAAAACCCUUGUAACCAUGAGUAUGAGAUUUCUUUCUGUCCUUGGCUUGCAGUGUCUCUGUGUGCUUUGUGUGUUACUGUCAUACUUGUUCUAGGGGGAAAAAAAAAAAAAAAAAAAAAAAAAAAGGCAGGGGAAACACAUUGUCCCCAGAGGUAAAGGCUGCUAUUUUAUUUUAUUUUAUUCUUUCGGCCUGGACUUACGACCUGAAAAUUGGCAAGCGCUAACUCUCCAUGGCCUUUACUUGUGCUACGUGAUAACGUUUUCUCCUUGGAACACCGUAGGCCUUUUUCCUCAACAUAUCUCUGUAAUUUCUUUCUAAAGGUUUCAAAUAAACUUCAGUGUGUUCAUUUA